UUUUUAUUACUCUUUCAACACGGCUUGCCCAAUAUGUAUUUACAAUAGGUGUGAUUCCGAAGGUAGACGUUGUGAAAUGAUGAGAAAAUGUGGCCUGAUGUGUCUUUUAUUCGUCUUUGGGACUAUAGAUGGCGCCGACCAAAAGUUUGAAUUUUCGGGCGCCAUAACGGCUGCCGUCCCAGUCGAUCUACGCCGACACCGAAAAACCGACUCACAGCUACCGAACGACUUACAGCGCCCUCAACCCGACGCACAGCGUCCCCAACCCCAGUUGAGGAGUCCCCAAAUAUCGUUGAAACCUCACAAGCUCGACUCGAAGCGUCACCAAAUUGACUUACAGCGUUACCAAAAUAAGUUGGCGCGGGAUCACCCCUCACGCGACAACGCCCGCCGUCAUCCACACAAGAAGGACGCCGGCCGCAUCCGCAACACCCACGACGUGCAGUAUGAAGUAAACAACCAGUUCAUCCGCAGCGGGAACCUGACGGAUACGAUUAACUACCCUUACAUGGCGGCCGUGAUGAUCAACGGGAGGUUGUGGUGCGCGGGGGCCAUCGUCGAUGUCGGCUGGGUGCUCACAGCGGCGCACUGUCUUAAUUAUGUGUUAUCAGUGCUCUCUGUAAAGCAACUCAACCGCUACGUGAAGGUCCGCGUCGGAAGCGUGAAGCCCCACGAGGGCGGGGAGCUGGUGGAAGUCACUGGUGCCGUGAGGCAUCCCAAGUUUGAGGAGGAACCGGUGCCCCAUGCUGACGUGGCGUUGUUGAAACUGCAGAACAACCUUGAAUUCUCGAAAUACGUCAACUUGAUUCGGAUCUAUGACGGGUCCCGCGAGCCGUUUGCGCAGAGCUUUAUCACCGUGGCAGGAUGGGGGGCCACCACAGGUUCAGAAACAGCAUUCCGCGAGCAGACGUCCAACAUGCUCGUGGCCCGGUUGAAGGUUCGCAGUCGCCAUUACUGCGAGGAUGCCUACCAGCUGGUGAACGGCUUCCAAUUUGGUGAAGACAUGUUCUGCGCGUCUCUGAGGAACGGGACCAGGGAUGCUUGUCUGUUUGAUGCAGGCGCUCCAGCGGUACAACACAAUGCUCUUAUGGGCAUCAUGAGCUUCGGACCUGAGCGCUGUGGAGGCAUGCAGCCUGCGGUCUUCAUUAGGGCUUUAUACUUCAGGGAUUUCGUCAAACACACCAUAGUACAGUACAAGACGACCAGCGAACUAAUUGACGCCAUGAAAGAAGCGGAAAGCGCUCCGCGUCCGCCCGUAAUGGAUAUUCCAUAAGCACAUAGCGGACUACU